AUGGACACUGACAGCUCGAACACAUCUGAGGACGGUUUGGCGAUCUCCAAUCAAACGCUGCCAGGCUCGGACGUUUCGGAAAGGCUCGACACGAUCAUCGCAAAGUUGAAUCGCCUCGAUGCAGACCACGCGAAGCAACGCAGCAAGAUGCAAGACUUGAUAACCCAGAUCGAAGCUUUGAAAUUAAGAGAGAGUGAGAUCCAGGGAGCUGUAGAGUAUUGGAAAGAUCAGCACAACAAAGCACAGGAGCAGAUAACGAAACUCGAGGAUCGAUACAAUGAAAUGAUCAAAAGACACUUCCUCAUGAGUGUUGACCUCGGCAAUAAAGAGGGCAUAAUUCAAGGCUUGCAAAAAGACAUCAUUGACAGAAGUCAGGUUGCCCACCCUCGCGAGCAUCAGGAACUAUACCAAGUUGUCGUCGGCAAGGAAGGCCGUGUCAUUGAUGAGCAAGAGUGGUUGGAACUAUCCAGUGGAGUGGACACAGCGAGCAAUAGCGAACAAUGA